AUGAUGGGCUCUUCAGAUGCAUAUACAGCCUCUCCGACACUGGAGUACCCCCUUUCGCUGUGGUCGAAUGCGGAAGAUUCGGGGGCGCGUGAUACGACGCCUUCAAGUGGCAGCAUCGGCGAGGCGCAUUCGCGCAGCCAAGCGCACGUUAACGCCAGCUUGAGUGCCCAGCACGUGCCAUCCUCGCGGCAAAAUACACGGCGUGUGAUGUACAUGCAUCCGAGCAUGAGCACGAGCUCCUCGUUGAGUUCCGGCCGCUGUGCGAAUCUGAAUCCGCCCGCGGUGACAAAGCUUGCCUCCUCCGAGGGCGGCUCGGAUACAUUCCACACCUUUGCAGCCUUGUCCACCGCGGACACCGUACCUGCCAAACCACGCAGGCGUAUGGGCAGUCCCCAUGACUAUGCCACGCAGUUUAUCCGGCGCGUUUCCAGCGCGCCAGACACUAAGAUGCUCUUUCAUACACAGCGGCGCGGCGCGCCUCCCGGCAUGCCGCCCACGCAAGUAGAUGUGAGCACACUGGUGCAGCCGACGCUCGCUGAGGAGCCGACACCCUUGCCCAACACAUCGCUGCCCAACACACCUCUGGUCCCGUCGCCGGAAGUGUCGACGCGCCGCAACAAGUUUCUCCCUUUGCUGCGCAGUGCGCGUACGCGCGCUGAGCCUCAAGCGGCACAGGAGCCUGCGAUGCCCAAGAGCCGCUCCUUCUACCGCCUGUUUAAGUCGAAAAGCUCGAGUGCACUGCGCGCCGUCGCGGAAAAGCCACGCGAUGCUGCGCCGCCCGUCCCGCCGAUACCUGUGACGGUGGUGCAUGGGGAGGCCGUGCCGCGCCCACGCACUGUGCAUCUGUCGCGCAUCAAGACGGUCCAGUCGGCCGUCUCUGCCAACGAUUUCCGGCACAUUAAGCUGCUGGGCAAAGGCGACGUAGGGCGAGUCUACCUUGUGCAGGACAAGCGGUCUCAGCAGCUGUACGCGAUGAAGGUGCUGUCCAAAGUCGAGAUGGUGAAGCGGAACAAGGUCAAGCGUGCACUUGCCGAGCAAUCGAUCCUCGUGUCUUCGAACCACCCGUUUAUCGUGCCACUGUACCAUACUUUCCAGUCGAAGGACUACCUGUACCUGUGCAUGGAGUACUGUGCAGGCGGUGAGUUUUUCCGUACCCUGCAGUCGCGCCCCGGGCGAUGCUUGGCCGAGGACGACGCGAAAUUUUAUGCGGCAGAAGUCAUUGCCGCGCUCGAAUACCUACACCUGAUGGGCUUUAUUUACCGCGACUUGAAGCCCGAAAACAUUCUUUUGCAUACCUCGGGCCACUUGAUGCUGACUGAUUUUGACCUCUCUGCGAAGUCGUCGGUCCAGCAAGCAGGCGCGCCGGCCAUGUUCCAAGCGUCGCCGAAAGCAAUGCCCAUGGUUGAUACGCGCUCCUGCAUUGCCGAUCUGCGCACCAACUCGUUUGUAGGCACCGAGGAGUACAUUGCGCCCGAGGUGAUCAAAGGGUGCGGCCACACGAGUGCCGUCGAUUGGUGGACGUUGGGCAUACUGAUCUAUGAAAUGAUAUUUGCCACGACGCCGUUCAAGGGCAGCUCGCGCAACGGCACGUUUGCCAAUGUGCUCCGCAAGGAUGUGGCGUUCCGCGAAGGAAUUCCGAUAUCCUCCAACGGCAAGGCACUCAUCCGCAAGCUGCUAGUCAAGGACGAGCACAAACGCCUCGGCAGCCAGUUUGGCGCAAGCGAAUUAAAACAGAACCGCUGGUUCAGCACCAUUUCCUGGGGCCUGCUGCGGAAUAUGCGCCCGCCGAUCGUGCCGCACCAAAUGGAUAUGGAGAGUGUGCUAAAGGACGCCGCGGAGAAACCAGCGCGGAACAUGGACUGGGAGCGCCAGUCGAUCUUCGAGGGCUUUGAGUACGUCUCGCCCGUCUCGCCCCGUUUGCCGUUCCAAGAGUUCCAGAACGUGUCGAUCGAGCGCAAUGCUCCUUGA